AGAUUAUCUCCUGAAAAAAUUUAAUAUUUACUCAUUGUGACAAUAAAAGUUUUUACUAUUUCAUCACCAUGAAGCAACUUUUUAUCUUCAUUCUAUCGUUUUUGACAAUUUUUACAACAGAUUCUCAAAAUUUACAAAAUAACACGAGUAAUCCAUUUGCGAAAUUGAGAUGUGGUGAUAUUUUUCCGAAGAAAUGUAAAGAAUCAAAAUUCAGAACUAUGGAUGGGUCUUGUAAUAAUAAAUUGAAUCCAACGUGGGGUAUGACUUAUACUCGUUAUGGACGCAUCAUACCUGCUAAUUAUGAUGAUGGUUUCCAUUUACCAAGACUCAGUACAAAUGGUAAUGUCCUACCUUUGGCUCGUAUUCUCAGUCGUGUAUUCAGUCCGGAUAAAAAAAUACUGGACAAAAAAUAUAGUGCACUAGCAGCACAGUGGACACAAGUUGUAACACACGAUAUUCUUUUAACUGACGAGCGUCCUAAUACAACGGAUUCAAAUUGUUGUUCGGAUGAGGGUAAAUUAGUUCGUGAUCCCGCUCACUAUCCACUUUGUUAUCCAGCAUUAGUGCCUAAGGAUGAUAAAGAUUUUGGAAGUAGUGGAACAGAGUGUUUAAAUUCAUUUAUUCGUAAAUAUACCGACGUCGAUCGUGGAUGUAGUCCACGUAAUGGCUUUGCAAACCAGUUGGUAAUCACCACACAUUUUCUCGAUCUUUCCAUAGUUUAUGGAUCCACUGACGAAGAGGCUUCUAGUCUACGAGAAUUUAAGGGCGGUAGAUUAUUGUCGGAAACUCGUAAUAAUAAAAAAUGGCCACCACACAGUGAUACUUGUAAAAAAGAAGCAAAAGUUUGUUACAGAAAUGGAGACAAAAGAGCAAAUGUGGGAAUUCAGUUGGCAUUUUUCUCCGUUAUUUUAUUUAGAGAGCACAAUCGUAUUGCAGAUGAAUUAGCGCGAUUAAAUCCUCAUUGGAAUGACGAGAAACUUUAUCAAGAAGCAAGGAGAAUUUAUAUCGCGAUAAGUCAACAUAUUACCUAUUAUGAAUGGGUACCAAUAUUUUUAGGCGAGAAUAAUUCUUACUUUUAUCGGUUAAUUUACAAUUCAACGGAAUAUGUAAAUGAUUAUAAUCCAUCAUUAGAUGCAAGUACUUCGAACGAAGCAGCCACGGCGAUAUUUCGUUCAUUUCACACAAUACUUUCCGGAGAUGCAAAUUUAGUGAAUGAGAGGCGUGAUCCACCUUGUCAGUUUGCAAACGUUAAUGAACUCUUCAAUGAUCCGAGUAUGAUUGAAAAAGGCGAUAAUUUCAAUUUACUAGUUAGAGGAAUAGCGACACAGCAACAGGAAGCAUAUGAUCAAUAUUAUAAUAAAGAACUAACUGGACGCGUGAAUCUUGGACCUGGCUUUGUAAAAUCAGAUGCUCGUGCUCUCGAUAUUCAUCGUGGUAGGGAUCACGGUCUCGGAACUUACAAUCAAUAUCGCAAAUUUUGUCAUCUUCCAAAAGCUAAACAGUGGAAUGAUUUCUCGGAUUACAUUUCCAGUAAGAAUAUUGAAAAUUUGAGGAGAAUUUAUGAGUCGCCGGAUGAUGUCGAUUUUACGGUUGGCGCCACUUUGGAAGAAGCAAUACCGAGUUCACUGCUAGGUCCCACAUUUCAUUGUUUAUUGACUUCAGAAAUGUAUCGGAAACGAGUGGGAGAUCGAUUUUUCUACGAGAGCAAAGAAAGUGAUCAUCCAUUCACAGUAGAUCAACUAAAUGAAAUUCGAAAAGCAACAAUUUCCCGAUUACUUUGCGACAACAGUGAGAUAAAAUCGAUACAACGUCGUGGAAUGGAGAUAAUUUCAAGAAAAAAUCCACUUGUGAGUUGUAAUUCUAUAUCGAAGAUUGACUUAUCGCUCUGGAGAGACAAAUGUCAAUAAUUUAACUUUCAGUUUUCAAUUUUCAUACUAAAAAAUUUUUCUAUCGUAAAUAAUUUUUAGAAACAUUUGAUAUUUUAAAUUUCAAGUCGUACAAUGUAGAUCCUGUGAUGCAUAAUUAAGAAUGAAAGUCUGCCAGAGAGUAUUUAACAUUUUUUUAAUUUAAUCUUUAAUUAUUUUAAUUAACACCUUUCCAACUGUAAAUUUUAUUAGUUUACCAAAUACUAAAUUCUAAUUUUUAUCCUUCUAUCGAAGAAAAUUUAAUAUUAUUAUUAUAACUAUUAUAACUAUCACUAUUUUUUUGCAAAUUCCCAUCAAUUUAAAAAAAAAGUAGAAAUAUAAUCCAUAUUUAAACUGAUACGAUACGUGAGUAUCUGAAUUUAAAUUUUACAGCAGAAUUAAAAAUUCAAUAUUUAAAUACAA